AUGACUGAGCAAACCCGGUCUGCGUCUCCUGCCGGGUCUGCGCCCGCAAAGCCCAAAGGCAGGAAAUUGCCUGCGUGGCUCGACCACUUCAAUGCCCGCGACCUCAAGGUGCUCUUCCGCUGUGCGCUGGCGGCUUGGGUCGCCUCGCUGUUGAUUUUUAUCACCCCGUCCCUGACCACAAUCGGUACAGCGACGUUUUUCGCAACUCUGGUGUUGUUCAUGGUCCCUCCGACCGGCAUUGUAUUUAUCUUCUUGCUGGGAUCUCUGACUCUCAUCCUGGGCAUGGCCCUUGGUUGGGCCUGGGGUGUCAUUGCUAUGAAAGCGGCGCAGGCUGCUCGGCCAGCCAUCGAAACCCAGGCGAGACUUCAAUUGCUUGGCCAGACGGCUUAUGCUACCGCAAAUGCCACCGGGGAGAGCCUUGCGGCUGUUCAACAGGUGCUAGUCUAUUCAGGCUUCAUGCUGGAUGCCCGCGUGACAGCUGUCUACUAUUGUUUGAUCGCUGUGUUCAUCUAUCUGGUGUCUCGUCUGCGGGCGAAGAACCCUAAAAUGAUCUUGCUACAGAUUUUCGCCAUCAUUAUUGUCGAUGUUACGCUGACUAUUGGCCCGUUGCUCCCGUCAUUCAACGGGACGAUCGCCAAGGUUCUGGUUGAGCCGGCGGCCAUUGGUAUUGGUCUUGGACUGGUUGCCCACUUUAUCUUCUUCCCUCGAUCUACUUCUCAUGUUGUCCUUGAUGGGAUGCAAGGGCUUGUGUGUUUGCUGAAAGGCCCCCUGGAUGCCACGGAGACCAGCCUUCUGAAAGGUGAUGACCUUGUUCUCGCAGAGCUAAACGCGAUCAAGGUGAAGUGCAUCGCGACGUACAAGAGCAUUGAGCCGGCAAUGGGAUUCUUACCAUUGGACUUUUCGGUAGGUUGGUGGGGAGCCGACGACGUGAAAAGCUUGAAGCAACCCAUGCGCCAGGCAUUGAUGACUAGUCUGUCCUUGUUGGAAGUCCAUAUCGCCCGUAUUGGAGGACAUGCAAAGCUGGAGAAGCUCCAUCAACUUACUCUCGAUCACGACUCUGAUACCGAGUCGCAAGAUACCGGAAAGGAAAAGAAUCGCCCGCGCGAGGUAGGCAUGCGUCAAUUGAUUCAAAGCGUGAACCUCGUCCAAGCGCUCCGAAGCCCGGAACAUGAAUCCCUUCGGUCGGAAACUGUCAAUGCACUUCAAUUCUCCAGCAAGGAUCUUCUUCCAGCAUGCCAGCAAGCCACGGAAUUGGUUGCCGAGUGCAUUGGCACUGUGAAUAAAAGAUGGUUCGGUCGUGCAUCCAAAGAACACCUGAACGAGCUGCAUGAGCGUGCUCAGUCUGCGCUGCAGAACCUCCAAUCGCUGCGCCAAUCAUUCGCUACAGAAACCACCGAGCGCCUCAUUUCAACCCAUGCUGAAAUAUUCGACGAGAAGGGUAUGCUCAAGUCGCUUGACGAGUCUUCGGUGCAUAGAGUCAGAGGCAUCACUAUCGGAAUGAUCUAUGAGGAGCAACUUCUCGGCGUUGCAGACGGAUGGGAGCGUGUACUAGGACAACUUGUCGUUCUGUUAAAAGAACGUCAGAAAAUUCGCCUGUGGCUACCAAAGGGUCUGCGGUACGCGGUCAACUGGGUUCGUCGCAAGAACGCCGUGGCACCUAUCCCAGCAGCCUCAAACCCAAUUGUGGACCCGGACGUUGCAGAAGCCCAGUCCAAAGCCGCCCAGCAGCAUCUUCGCAUCAGCAGAGGUUAUCGUGUGAACCGUCGCAGUGGAUUGGGUAAGGCAAUCAUUGGGUCUUACCAUUGGUUCAUCAACACUGAUGGUUUGUAUGCCUUGCGAAUGGUUAUUGUUACCAUUGCACUCGCUAUUCCUGCGGCCAUUCCCCAUACCGCGGGUUUCUAUUAUCGAGAGAAGGGCCUCUGGGCCCUGAUCAUGGGACAAACGACCUUGGUCAUCUACAUGGCAGACUUCACAUUCUCGCUCUUAUGCCGAGCUAUCGGUACGAUCAUUGGUGGUAUUCUGGGGCUUCUUGCGUGGUACAUUGGCUCAGGACACGGUGAAGGCAAUCCAUACGGUCUCGCCGCCAUCAUGGCAGUUGUGAUUAUCAUUCUUAUGUGGGGACGUAUCUUCGCCCCCGUCGCCUUGCUCCAGGCCAUGAUGAUGGCUGGUGCGACAUGCAUUCUGGUCAUCGGAUACAGCUACGACGACACGCAUAUUCCGGCGUACGGAAACCCAGGCUGGGGCUACGCCGUCUUCUGGCGACGACUCGUGCUCGUCCUGAUCGGAUCCGCAGCCGCACUCAUCGUCCAACUGUUCCCUCGCCCCCCCUCCGCUUCGCGCCACAUCUGCAAAUCUCUUUCCAACGUCAUCCGCUCAUUGUCUGAUCACUACGCUCUCCUUCUGUCCUGCUGGGGCCAAGGGCGCGAGGAAGGUCUUGCCGCCGAACAAAUAGCUCUCGACCUUGCCGAAUCCCUCACUGGAUUAGAUGGACCAAUUGCACUCCUUCGGUUUGAGUUCUCCAGCUCGCCCUUUGACAGCGAACGUUUGGGCCAGGUUAAAUCACUCUGCCAAGAGCUGAACCAGAACCUCGCUCGUCUGCUAUAUCUAUCUGCUUCCCUCCCAGAGCAUCUUCAAAGCCGACUCGCGCGCCAAGCGGGUCUCCUGGACCACCGCAAUAUCGGCGAUGUCAUGGCUGUCCUCGGAAUAGUGGAGCAAUCGCUUAAGACAGGAGAUGCUCUCCCCGAAGUCCUUCCCACACCUCUGCUCAAGCGCUGUCAUGACUUCUGGCUUUCGCGCCAGGUGGAAAUCACCCUCAGCACCGACUUGAUCCGUGACGAAAACUACCGCCGGUUCUGCGUCGCUGUCAGCGCUUACCUCAAGUUCCUGGCCGCCGUGGAUGACCUGGUACUCGUCAUGAAGGGUACCUUGGGCGAAUCGCAUAUUGUCAAUCGAGAUCUGGUAUACCCGUUGAAACCUAAUCUUUUGUUACGCGAUGUCUUCACGUCUCGCCCGUCUGCCUCGGUGGCGUUCUGCGGCCUGUCCGUUCUCCAAGCAAUCUUCAAUUACUCAGAUUAUUUCAAAGAACGAAAUGUGCCGGGAAUAGUGGCAUCUUACGGUGCAUCCGCCGUCCUCGUGUUCGGAGCAAUUGAAAGCCCUCUGGCCCAACCGCGUGCCCUUGUCUUCGGUCACUUCUUCAGUGCUCUGAUUGGUGUUUGCAUCACCAAGCUCUUUAGCCUGAUGCCGGAAGCCCGCUUUGAGUCUCUCCGUUGGUUGGCGGCUUCGCUGUCGACGGCUAUUGCUAUUGUCGUUAUGCAGCUGACGGGCACGACGCAUCCUCCUGCUGGUGCUACGGCCUUGCUGCCUGCUACGAACCAGGAGAUCUGGGAGUUGUCUUGGUACUACUUGCCGAUUGUCCUAUUGUCAUCGGCUAUGCUUCUGGUUUGUGCGCUGCUGCUGAAUAAUGUGCAUCGUCGCUAUCCUGCCUUCUGGAUUGCUCCGAACCCUCCGAAGCCUGCGCCUGCUCCCGUUGAGAAGAAGGAAGAGGAAGAGAGUACCAAGAGCCCUGUUUGA